AUGACGGGAUGGCGCGUGGCAGUUGUAUGCCUUGCCUUGGGAUUCGCCUUCACGGGGCCGUUGCUCGUGUACCGCUUCCUGGACGCGACACAAACGACCGUGGGCGCCCAGCAGAAGCUCGUGGAGUCACUGAGACAGAUGGUUAGGGAACUGCACGCCGACCAUGCUCUCGGCGACAUCGCGUUCGAUAAAAGCGCACGGAGCGCGCUGGAUGAGAUGCAGGCUGUGGUGAAGGAGCUUCGGGAAAACAUCGACAGCAGCGUGGUUUCUCUCUCCAAGUCGCAGACCACCUUUGAGAGCAUGGCCGGCGACAUCCAGAAGGGCCAGCGUCGCUUCUUCCCCCAUGACCGGCUGUCGGAGAAGGGGGUGGCGGUAUUCUCGGUGAAGGAUGAGGGCACCUACGCCGCCUCGCCCUCCAUCACCCGCCUGGACUCGGGGCGCCUCCUCUCGGUGCUGGAGCGGUCCAUCUCCUGGGGCACCAACGAGGAUGUGGCCACCAAGCUGGUCUUCGCCUCCGACAACGGAGGGCUGACCUGGGCGCAGGUGGGCACCAUCCACCCCAUGAACUGGCCGCAGAUUUUCAGGUGCAAGAGCGGCGUGUAUGUCGUGGGCACGGAGCGCCACUUCUCCCAGGACAACAACCUGAUCAUCUCGCGCAUGCUGGACGACACGGGCGCGACCUGGUCCGCCCCCACCAAGAUCACAAGUGGGUGGAGCGUGGUGUCUGCCAACACGGGCGUGGACGUGAGCGGCGGGCGGGUGACCAAGACCUUCGAGGUCAUCCCCUCCAUGGCCGUCCCCGUGACCUCCAGCGUGCUGCGGGAGGACGUGACGCUGCCCCUCCGCGGCGGUCCGCGCUCCCACUCCUGGCAGCACGCGCCGGUGCUGGAGCUGCCUGUGGCCAGCGCCGCUGGCUUCGUGCCCUUCACCCUGGUCCAGGUCGCGCGCGCGGAGCCGGAGGGCCACCCCUUCUUCUUCCGCAUUCUGGAGGCCGACGCCGAGGCGGGGGUGCUGACGGUGCGUCUGGAGCGCUUCAACCACUACUGGGCCAGGGUCCCGGUCCUGCUCGCCAAGGGCCAGAACGUAACCGUUGGGUCGGGGUCAAAUGUGUACGGCGGCGUGGACUGGGUGGCCAUGGCCAUGAGUGGGGACGAGGGCGCCGACCUGACGCUGCCGGAGUCGUGGACGAUGAGCACGCCGCUGGGGAACCCGGCCUCCGUUUACGCCAACGAGAUGCGGGUGCUCUUCGACGUCGCCUUCCGGCCGGACAAGGGGGUCCGCGAAUCCAUUGUGGGCAUGAAGCUCGACGGGAUCAAGGACAAUGAGGAGGCGUUCGAGGCGGGUUUCGGCAGCCUGUACUGGAUGGAGGGCGUGGUGACGCGCCUGCAGGACCGCCACGGAGGCAACGGCAAGCUUCUGAGCAUCAUGCGUGUGAACAACGACCUGAUGUGCGACCUGGCCGCGCUGGUGGAGUACGACGACAGCGAGCCCGGGCGUCUGCGCUCCCGCUUCCUGCGCUACACCAACAUCCCGGGGCUGGCGGUGGGGCACCCCUCCAUCCUCUACGACGCCGUCUCGGACCUGUACUGGAUGGCCACCAACGCCAAUCGCGAUUCGGUGCGCGCCUGGAAGCAGCCGGGCAAGGGCACGGUGCUGGCGCCCAACCUGCACAUCACGGCCUUCUCCAAGUGUGAGGUGGACCGUAGUACGCUCAUGCUCUACUACUCGCCCAACCUGGUGGACUGGACCAGCGCCGGCGUCGUCGAUUACCACGUCAAGCUGGGGCGCCACUUUGCCUACCCCCACAUGAUGGUCGACGGCACCGACCUGGUCAUCGUCUCCCGCGCCUCCUUCAGCCCCUGGUCGGAGGACGGGUCGGAUGCGCUGCCGCAGUUUUUCAACAACCACAAUUCCAACGCCAUCUCCUUCCACCGCAUCAGGCACUUCCGCGCCUACGCCAACGCGGAGUGGGCCAACGAGCAGGGCGAGUACUCUGGCCCAGAGCGCAAGUCCACCAACUCGGUGGGGAGCCUGGUGCAGACCCUGCUGGGCGACUCCAAGGCCGGCGCGGUGCAGCAGCUGGGGGAGUUGCACGCGCUCCUGACCGCGAUGUCCAAGCUCGACGACGAGAUGCAGCAUGUGCAGCUGGUCCUGAACAAGAGACUGGAGCAGUGUGCCCUCAAGGAAGAGAGCUUGAGUGACCUCAGACGGCGCCAAGCCCAGCUGGAGUCCCAGUCGACCGUGGUGGAUGAUGCCCUGUUGGAGAAGUUUGCUGCCAUUGAGGCCCUGGAAAUCCAGUUACUCAGCGCGGGCGUCUCGGUCUCUGAGUGA